AUAGCUAGUCAGUUGUCAUAAAGCACUUGUGUCGCGAGGAGUGCCAAAGUCAUGGGUGCAGGGCUCAGUUCGUUUUCCGUGGUGCUGCUGGUCAUCAUUCUCAUAAUAGUCUUCCUUACGAAUGCCUACAACAAGGCCAAGAGGGCUGGCCAGGCGGGCAGAGAUUACAGGGUCAGAACGGAGAGGAGCGCCGACACACGAAAUGUUUUCCCGGGUCUUAAUUUCGUGUUCCCGUGGUCCUCGGUUCAUUUGUUGCCACACAUUUCCCAGACUCGGUUCGCAAUGGAUCUCGUCGAGGUGUAUUACUUCAUAUCCUUCAUUCUGAUAUUCCUUAUUCUGAUCAGGGCCUACAUCUGUCCCAAUCACAAGUGGAAGUGCGUCUGCUGCCUGCAAUAUAGGCAGGAAUCUGACCGAAAUGCUUUCAACGCCCCGGAGGAUCCAUCAGCGAACCGCUAUGGCGACAUAUUCUUCAUUGAGCCUGGCAGCGUGGAGGCCAACCGCAUCCGCGAUCAACUGGAAAAGGAUGAGAAGGAUCUGCCCAGCUACGACGAGGUGAUGCGCAUGUGCAGCCUGACCACACCCACAGCAGCGGCGGCUGGACUGCCUGUUCCCCCAUCGCCUCUCGGCGAACCCGGUCCCAUUGGAAUUGCGGCACUGCCGGCUCCACCGUACUCGGAGACAGAUCCACAUGCCCCAUCCGCCGGCGGAGUCACUGUCAUCGCGAUGGAAACGGUGGAGCCAUCCACUUCCCGCGCGGCACAGAUCCCACUCAGCACGGGAUCGGGUCCUCCUGCUCCUUUGCCAACGACAACGGUGUGAUCCGUUGGAGGCAUGGAGAAAUGGAACUGAAGCAUUCGCCGUGCCACUCUGGGCCACACAGAUGCCACUUUGUGUGCGCUUUCAGUACAGAAAUGAACUUGUGUGAUCUUAUUGAGUACAUACCUAUUUAAGUUCUAGAGAUUAGGAGUCGCAUAUUGUAAAUACAUAUUUUUAGGACAUAGGAUGAAAAUUAAAGUGAGUUAUUUAAUUGAAA